GGAGCCUUUCUCACAUUUCCAGACGGCCCUCUUCACUCUAACUUCAAGCAUGACACCCAUCCAAUAGUUUGGCAGUACAGACUGCCACAUAGCCUUGCAGCACUACAGCAUGUCAGGCAACAGCGGCGCAGAGGAGGCGGACUACCUGUCGGCGGGACCCUGGGGCGAGGGCUCGCAGCUCCUUGGGCAAAGUCAACCUUCACCUCGCCCACCCCUAUCCUCAAGAAGCCGCAAUGAGGAGAGCGGCGAAGCUGCUGUAUCACGCGCACUCAGCUUCAUCGAGCCUGGACAACGCCAUGGCGAGGGCGUGCCUGAUUCUCAGCGGCUACGUGCACCGGGCCUUCUGGACCCGGCAUCACGAAGCCGCUCCCUCUACCUCCCGCGUCAGGGUACGCAGCGUACCUCUUCAUCCUCCCUCCUCGAUACGCUCCCUCGGCCUAAGCCGAUGCGGAGCGCCUCCACCGCCGGAGCGCCUACUGUCGCACCCGCGGACGAGGUAGAUGAGGAGGGAAUGCAGGCCUGGAGGGCCAAGGCACAUGGGGAUACGCCGCUCGAUAGAACGAUUGACGCAAUCGGGAUGGGACGAUAUCAGUGGGCCUUGCUAGUGUUGACGGGCUGUGGAUGGGCAGCUGAUAACAUGUGGCUCCAAGGCGUGGCCAUCAUUCUUCCGCGAGUCCAAGUCAACUACGCAAUUUCAGAUGCCUACAUCGGUCUCCUCUCCUCCUCUACAUUUACCGGCAUGACCUUCGGAGCUCUAGCCUGGGGUGCCUACUCAGACACCUAUGGUCGACGGGGAGCGUUCAAUGGUACUCUUACUCUCGUCGCGGCCUUCGGCACGUUGGCUGCCUUCGCUCCGGGCUUCGUCACGCUAUGCGCAUGCUUGUUUGGCCUGGGCCUAGGACUGGGAGGCUCAAUGCCAACAGAUGGGACCGUCUUCCUCGAGAACCUCCCCGUGCGCAAACAGUACCUCCUCACAGCGCUCAGCGUCUUCUUCUCCGCCGGAUCCGUCUUCAGCGCCUUGAUCGCUAUCCUCGUCCUCCCAUCCACACCCACCUCAAACUCAGAGACUUGGCGCUACUUCCUCGGCUUCCUAGCGGUUCUCACCGCCUUCUUCGUAGUGCUGCGACUGGUCUUCUUCCCAUUGCUGGAGAGUCCGCGCUUUUUGGUGUCCAGUGGGAGGAGAGAGGAAGCAAGGGAGGCUCUAAGGAAGAUCGCCGAGUACAAUGCGCGGCCGCUACCUGUUGAGUUGGGCGACGUGAGCGAUAGGAGGGCGAGUAGAGUCGGAAAGGGGAGGACUGGUGGGAGCGAAGGGCCCGAUGGAGGGGGCCAAAGGGGUAGUAUGCUUCGUCACGAGGUUGACGUAGAUGAAGCGGAGCAGGAUAGCGAGGACGAUGACGAAGGUCACGCGCACGGAGAUCCCUCUUCCGGCGGGCUGCAACGCUCCGGCGGCUACAGGCCCUUGCCUAGCACCUCCGGCACGGCUCAAGGAGCAUCAGACACACCUCGCGAAGCAUCCUCUCCCUCAGCCUCCGAUUCGACGUGGCGAGAUACCCUUACUACCCUUCGCGAGAAGUAUCGCACACUGCUCUACGACCCCUACUGGCGUCGCACAACCCUUCUCGUCUGGGCGAUCUGGAUCACGGUCAAUCUGGGAUUCACAAUGUUCAACGUCUUCCUGCCCAAGCUGCUCGCUGAGCGGGUCACGCCUGCCACCCGCUCCUCCUCGGCCUCGGCCUCGGUCAGGGCGAAGACGGCGGGAGACAGCGAGCACAAUGCGCUCCUCUCCUAUCUCCUCUACUCCCUGCUCUCCCUCCCUGGACCGCUCCUAUCCUCCUACCUCGUACAGCUGCCUCCGCCCAUCUUCGGUCGUCGCGGCACUUUGGCCCUCUCCCUCCUCGCGACGGGGGCAUGCAUCGCCACAUUCUUCUUCCUCUCUUCCUCUUCAGGGGCCAGCGGAGUGACGGCGACACUUGCAACCAUGUCAGUGAGCCUUGCGGCGAGUACAGCGUACGCUGCCCUGUAUGGGUACACGCCUGAGGUCUUCAGCCCGCCGGGGCUUAGAGGUACAGCGGCGGGGACAGCGAGCGCUUUAGGAAGAUUAGCGGGGAUCGUGGCCCCUUUGCUGGCGGGGACCUUGCUUGCUGGGACGGGAAGCGAGGCGGGUGGGGGAGGAGGCGGUCAUGGGAUGCUCGGCUUUGUGUGUACGACACUCUUUCUUUUGGCGGCAGGUUGCUCUGCGGCCUUGCCCAUUGAGACGUGGACUGAUCCAAGGGCGGGGGACGAGGGGUCUGCAGGCGAAGAUGGAGAGGAGGACCCGUCAUGACGGGACCGGAGCGAACCAAGUAGAAGCAGCGGGCCUCGCAAUGCAAUCACGAAUGUGCGCCAGGUCUCUGGGUCGUGGGUGACAAUCUUGUG